CCGAAAGUCAAAGGUACGGGUGUCAGAUCGUCUUCCUUUGAUCCGCGUUCACAGGAUACACUGUCGCUGCCGUGGAAUUUACCGCAAGUACUCCGUAUCAUCGAAUUAGCGCUCGGCAGAUAUAUUCUCAUAGUUUCAUGUGAUACCCGCACCAGCAGUGGUAUCCAGGUCCCCCCUCAUGAUCAACCAUGGUCUACUUCCCCCUUGAAGAAGCACAGAUCGUCUCUCUGUUCGUGCAAAGCGUCACUUAUGGAAUCCAUGUCGUAACCUUUACACUCUGUGCAUGGUCUAUGCUCCACCGCAGAACUGAACAUGGUGCUAAUCCCGUCAACUGGGCGAUGCUCUCUGUUGCGACAACUCUAUUUGUCAUAGGAACUGUGGAUCUCGCAUUGAACUUGUACAUUAAUAUCCACGCUUUCAUCUUCUAUACCGGACAUGGUGGCCCUACUGCUGACUUCGCCAACUUAUCCAAUUGGAGCCAUGUUGUUCGCAGCGUUACGACACAAUUGCAAAUACUGAUUGCUGACGCUACUCUUAUCCACCGCUGUUGGAUCGUUCGCAAUCACCAACGACGCGUGAUUGCCUUACCGGUCCUCAUUUGGUUCGCAGACGUGGCUGCGGCUAUUGCAUAUCUGUACUACACAGCGCGAUCAUCAAGCGAUCCGAGUCUGGUGCGAUCUCGGAAAUCGUUCCUUUCUGCGUUCAUCAUUCUCAGCGACAUCGUCAACAUCGUGACUACUGCUCUGAUCGUGAUCCAAAUAUGGUGGAUUCACAAGCAGUCGACUCAACACCUUUGUUCAUCGUCUCGAGACAGUGGGCGUCUAAGCCUUGCGAGGAUCAAUAGGAUCUUCAUCGACUCUGCCAUCCUCUACACUGGUAUUGGUAUCAUAGGUUUUAUUGUGGAGGUCUCACAAAGCAACGCAGUCUAUGCUGUCCUCAGUCUAUCGGUAGAGAUCGCGGGAAUACAGUUCAAUCUCAUCAUGCUCCGCAUCUCCAGUGGUAAUGCCACAGAGCGCACAGAAGCAGCGAUGGAGACGCCGACAUUGAAGUUCCGAAGCAAAACGACGACACAGGAUCAGCGAGACACUGUAUCUGCAGCAGAAACAACCCCCGAAUUUUUGAUAUCCGAGAAGCUCAGUGGAGAUGUAUCCACAUCAGGCGCUGCGAUUAGCGUCGACGAAGCCGGAGCAUAGGUUGUAUAGAUAUCAUUUUGAUCCGAGGGAAGAUACCUUAGAAAAUACCUUUAAACGGCCAUCUGUGCGCUUCAUGCGUUUGGACACUUCCGAAUUUCAAAUGAAUGCAGUGCGCACUGCCCCUCUGCUGCAGCCGUGAC